CUAACCUAUUAUGCGUUAACAUUACUCGUUAGCGCGAUAUUCGUAAUCGUAAACACAAAAAGUAAAUUUUCCGUUGCCGACGCCGACGCUGUGUUGAAUAAUAUUUCGUACAAGGUCCAAAGGAAUUAUUCUAAGUAAGUACUCACGUCGACAAUAAUCACCCGCGUUUCGUGUUCGACAUCGAAAUUGACUUCGAUCGGCCACCGAAAUUCGGAUUUACACGUGCAGGAUCGUGGGAGCGAAACGCACGUGUCGAUGAGCAAACGAUAUUUUGCCGGUUUACCUGCUCGUCGUGAUGUCUGUCGUAUGGACAGCCAUCCGGACACGAGCGGUCCAAAUUGCGUUGACCUGGGCGCUGGUCUCUCACCGAUCACACGACACGUGCUGGAUAAGACGGGCGUGUCGUGCCGGUGGUCGUUGUUGUGUUUGAUAUCGACGACCGUCGGUUCAUUACCAUUGCUGCCGACUUGACGUUUCUUCUAGUGACAUUUGGCACGAAUUUCGUCAAAAAAUGGACGACCAGAGCAUCACGUUAGAUGUUAACCCUAAAGCAUAUCCUUUGGCUGACCAACAGAUGACCACAAAAAUUUUGAACUUGGUUCAACAAGCAAUGAACUAUAAGCAAUUACGUAAAGGAGCAAAUGAAGCCACUAAAACAUUAAACAGAGGUAUUUCUGAAUUCAUUGUCUGUGCUGCAGAUGCAGAACCUUUAGAAAUUUUAUUACACUUGCCAUUGUUAUGUGAAGACAAAAAUGUGCCCUAUGUUUUUAUUAGAUCAAAACAAGCAUUAGGUCGAGCAUGCGGUGUUUCAAGGCCAGUUAUAGCGUGUUCUAUUACCACUGAUGAAGGUUCACAAUUACGGCCACAAAUACAACAAGUUCAGACUGAAAUUGAAAGACUAUUGGUUUAAUUUUGUACACGUUUUUACAUUUAUAAUACUGAAUUGGAAAUAAUAAUAAUAAUAAUAAUAAUACUACAUCAUUCAAACGUUUAAAGUAUGUUAUUAUUUUGUAAUAAUUACAUUUAUUAAUAUGAUAUAUUAACUAAAUACAUUUCCUUCUAGUAGUUUUCAA